AAAACAGCCGGAAUUGACAGCGUUACCUUGACCACGGUCCCAAACAUUAACACCUGUUCUGGCAACCAUGCGCAAGGGACAGACAAAUUUAACAACCUGACGGGUCUGUGAGCCUAGCACCACGGUGUAAGCCUUCGUUCACAAAUCCAAAAUCUGUCUUUGCCCUAAUUCAAUCCCUAUUCAUCGAAAUUCAACGAUUUCCCUUCUUUUCAACGCCCCUUUCUUCAUCCAACCAAUACCAAAUAGAUCCACCUUAAACCUCUCGAUUCAAUCAAAGACUUUGAGGGUUUUACCCCUUUUUCCCCUUCAAUUUUUUGUAAUGGAUUCAAGCAGGCGAGCGGUGGAGUCGUACUGGAGAUCGCGGAUGAUUGAUGGAGCAACCUCGGAUGAAGACAAAGUAACUCCCGUUUAUAAGCUAGAAGAGAUCUGCGAGCUCUUGAGAUCGUCUCAUGUUAGUAUCGUUAAAGAGGUCUCUGAAUUUAUACUGAAACGACUCGAUCAUAAAAGCCCCAUCGUCAAACAAAAGGCUUUGCGGCUAAUAAAAUAUGCUGUGGGAAAGUCUGGUGUGGAGUUUAGGAGAGAAAUGCAGCGGAACUCUGCAGUGGUGCGUGAGUUAUUCCAUUACAGAGGGCAACCGAAUCCUUUGAAGGGGGAUGCACUCAAUAAGGCUGUUCGGGACACAGCUCAUGAGGCUAUUUCUGCUAUAUUUGCAGAGGAGAAAAAUGCUAGUAAGCCUCCUCCUGCAGACGACCUUAACAAACGAAUACAAGGAUUUGGGAACUCAAACUUUGAAAUGCCAUCUGAUGAUAAGAAAUCAUUUCUAAGUGAGGUGGUUGGCAUUGGAAGUGCUUCCCUCAAGCAGGGAAUCAGUAGUUUCACUCAGGGCCAUUCACUUAGAAAGAAUGAUAAUGGGAACUACAAAAGCCCUACACUUCAAAGGUCUUUGACUAAAGAAAUUGACCAUUCUGAUAGGUAUGAACCUGUUACAUUGCAUACUGACACUCAAAGGGUUUCCGGUAAUUCUGCUAGUGGACCUUGGGGCCAGGAUUCAAUAGUAUUACAGACUGAAACAACAAAUGGGGAAUCCAACUCAAAUAAAGAGAGUAAAACUCGUGAAGAGAGAUUGUUGGAAACCAUUGUGACAUCUGGUGGCGUUCGUCUCCAACCUACUCGAGAUGCCAUUCAGGCUUUCCUUGUGGAGGCUGCAAAGCUUGAUGCUUUGGCUUUAAGUCAUGCCCUUGAAACAAAGCUUCUAUCUCCAAUGUGGCAGGUUCGCAUGAAAGCUGUAUGUGUGCUUGAGUCCAUUUUGAGGAAAAAGGAAGAUGAGCAUUUCUUAGUUGUGGCUUCUUACUUUACCGAGAGCAAAGAAGUUGUUUUGAGAUGUUCUGAGUCUCCCCAAGCUUCCCUCAGAGAAAAGGCUAACAAGGUAUUAGUCCUUUUGAAUGGGGAACAACCUGGUGGUUUGGCAAGUACUUCAGAAAAGUUUUUGAAAGCUGAGACCACACCUGUUCAAAUGCCUGACCUGAUCGACACUGGUGAUCCGGAUGAUUACAAUGGACUAGAUAGUUCCACAAAAGAUCAAAAUGAUCAAAAUACUGCAGUACGGACAGCAACACCCCUUAUUGAUGACUUACUUGGAGAUGGUAUUGGUACUAAUCUCAGCACCAGUGAACUGAAAAAUGAUGAUGAUCCCUUUGCAGAUGUCUCUUUUCACACUACUGAGGGAAGAGAAAAUGUGGAUGAUCUCUUCUCUGGGAUGAGUGUAGAUGACAAGUCAGCUAUGAGUGAUAAUUGUGUGACUGCAAAUGAAAAAUCUGAACUAAUCGAUAUCUUUGGGACCAAUCCUGCAGCUCCAAUUGAGCCCGCAAAUAAAAAAACUGAUAUUAAUGAUUUGAUGGCUGGCUUGUCUAUGAAUGAGAAUCCACCUAGUUUGAAGCAGAAAGGAAUCUUUUCUGAGGCACACCCUGAAGAUAUAUUUGCCGAUGUCAACACUCAUUCUAGCUAUCAAGCUUCUAAUGAUGCUUUGGGUGGUCUUCUUGGUUCCCAAGCCACUGGGAUGAAUUCAAACACAACGUUUCCUUUAGGGAACAUGCCAUUUGCCAUCCCUCCUGGAUUAAUGUUGAACCCAGCCUUAUCUCAGCCAAUGAAUUAUGGUGCUGUGGGAAGUUUCUUUGCUCAGCAGCAAUUGCUUGCAACAAUGUCCAACUUACAACAUUUUGGGAAUCUUAAUGCACAAAAUGCUGGCUUCAAUAAUGUUUCCAAUGGAUCUAAUGGAGGGUCACCUCUCCCAGAUAUAUUCCAGUCAAAUUUUCCAAGUCAAACACCUAGUUCAAUGAUGAACAGUUCAAAGAAAGAGGAUACCAGAGCAUUUGACUUCAUUUCGGACCAUCUUGCAGCUGCUCGUGAUCCAAAGAGGACGGUGUAAGGUUAUUGUGCUUGAAUGGGCCUGUCGUAGAAUCUCAAGGGCACUUCAAUGAUGGUAAAUAUUCUUUUGAAAUAAUGGAGCUGUGAUGUUACAUGCAUCAUUACCGUUUCAUUGCAUGUAAUAUAACUUGAGGUGGGGUGGGGUGGGGGGCAUCCUUAAAAAGAAUAGGCUACUUUUAGGCCUGUUUUGUAUUUGAGAUGAAAGAAAAUUGGGAAAUGUUGUGCAGUUGCGGUUACAUGUUUAAGUUUUCAAAGUACUCUUUUUCUAUAAUUUUUUUAACGAACAUCUUGUAAUGGACUUGUAGAGUUGUACGUCUAGUCUUUUUGUCACCAGCUCCACUAGAAAUGCUGUGUUAAAUGCAAAGGGAUAGAAAAAAUCAAUAAAUGUUAUUUGCUUUAUCUGGUUUA